AGUUUUCAUUCCUCAUCCGUCCCAUCCUACUGGGAAAGCCUUUCACCAUCAUUCAAUAGCCUGUAGACUUAUUGAAAAUGUGGCUUUCGUCUGGAUUUCUGUAAAUAAGAUGCUUUAAGGCUUUAGGUUAACACUAAUUCAAUAAUAUAGUAUACACCAAAAUAGGAAAAACUAUCAAUAUUAUAGCAAUAUUUUCAUUAUGUGGGGAUCAUGCCGAAGGUUUUUCAUCAUCUUCCUCUGUUUCGAAUUUGCGUUCCUGCUCUCAUUGUUUUUUAUCGGCAUUGAUGUUUGGAGAAAGACUUCAGCAAAGGUCCUAAGAUUCUCAGACCUAAGAUGUGAAAAUAAAACUCGGACUUUAGAUUUCCUCAGACCAAGUAUAGGACCGUUUUAUGACAGUCCUUCCUCUUGUACCUGCCGAAACAACCAGUCGGCCGCCCAGUUUGUGUCCAAAGAUGAAUUAGAAGAUCUCCAGAGACGUCGGGCGGAAGAGUACAGACAACAUCGGAUCAGGACAGGUAGAGAGAAUGAUGUUCUUGUUCUUGCCCCUCCCAACACUCCGCUCCAGUAUCCCAUCAGAGGAUUCAGAGUUACUCCCAUGACUAAAACUCUCAUUCCUGGUCUAGCUGUACAAACACAAAACAGAGAUUUGUACAAGGUGUCACUGAGGGUACAGAAGGGUCUGCUGUCAGUAAUGGAUGUUAAGGAGGAUGAGAAGAUUGUUUUUGGCCAGAAUGAGGGAAAUCUGACCAUCUCAUCCAGUAGCCUUGAACAUCUCAAUGAGCUGCUGAGCAGAGUGACCUACACCAGCACCAUCUUUCACAUCAAGACUGAAGAUCUCGCUUACUUCUCUUUUGAGAACCACGAGGUCAUAUUCCCCAUUGAGAUCAGACGUCGGUCAGUUCCUAAUCUUUAUGACCCGGGGAAAGAUAUAAACUCCCAGGUAACUCUGCUUGUUAAGGCAUUUCUGAGAUAUAAGGAACUGAAUGCUCUUAUUCAGAGUAUUCGUGUGAACUACCCAAAAAUAAAGAUCAUUAUAGCAGAUGACAGUCUUAUCCCAGAGAAGGUUGUUGGUGAUAAUAUCGAACACUACAUAAUGCCUCCAGCACAGGGCUGGUUUGCUGGCAGAAAUCUGGCAGUGUCACAAGUCACGACUAAAUACUUCUUAUGGUUGGACGAUGACUUUGUGUUCCUGAAUGAGACGCGUAUAGAGAGAUUUGUGGAGAUUAUGGAAGCUGUUCCUGAAUUAGAUGUGGUCGGUGGUCAGGUAGAAAGAAAUCAGUUUGCCUUUAAAUUAAAUUAUGAAGAAGGGACCGGCGAAGAAGGCGGUUGCAUCUCACGUUUCAUAGGUUCUUACGCACCCCUGCCGGGAUUUAAAGGGUGUUUCUUCGUCGAUGGAGUUGUGAACUACUUUUUGGGCCGAACAGAAGCUGUGCGUAAGGUCGGUUUUGACCCGUUCCUCAAAAAGGUCGCACACAGUGAAUUCUUCAUUGAUGGACUUGGAGAAUUGUUAGUUGUCACCUGUCAAGGUCUCAUAAUUGGUCAUCAGAAAAAAAUGAACACACCCGAGUACGGAAAAUACAGACAUCCUCCAAAAGCUGAUUCAGAAAAUAAACUGACUCACCAUUAUUUCAAGAAUCAUCUAAAAUGCAUCAACUACUAAAGGAGAUUUACAGUGUCAUCUGAGCUUUACAGAGUUAAAGGCAUCAAACAAUAUUAACUUUACAAUAUCAACACAUCAAUUAUAUUCAUGUUUUACAGUAUGUUAUAAAACAUGACAGACAUUAAGUGGUGAUAUCCAUGCCCAGAAAGUAAAGGUACGUUUGUAAGAUAUCUGCAAAAGAUCUGGAGAUCUGAUGUGUAAAAACAUCUGAUAAAGGUCAGAAAGAGCUUUUUUAUUUGUAUCUUCAGUAAGUCUAUAUGACAUCUGUCAGGAAACAGUUUGCAGAUGAGGAAACGCUAACAAACACCUUGCAGAAGUAAACACAGAUAUCAAAUAGAUGUUUCCGAGAUGUAUGUGUGCUUUCAGGGUUUAGUGUUUAAUUUUUAACCUUAUGAAAAUAUUCUGUAAUAUCAUACUUCCUACAUGUAAAGUCAUAAUAAUUGCCAGUAGGUUACAAAUACAUGCUUUGUUUUAGGAGAUAACGGAAACAUGAAAGAUUAUUCCAGCACAUUUUAAGGGAAUCCCCCAUGUUUUUUAUAUUUAUGAAUGUAAUGCGUCCACUGAAAUGGACAUCACAUGUUUUGUGGUUUGAACCAAUAAAAUGCUGAUCAACCAAUCAAAAUAAGGCACACUGAUUAAACACUGGAAAAAUCUGGUCCAAAGGGGUAAAUAUUUAAAAAGCUGCAAACACAUACAACAUCGACACGCCUUUGCCUGAUAUUUUGGAUAUUUUGAUACGGACCUUUGCCUGGCUUAUCUGAAUAAUAAAUGAUUGCAUUUGGAUAUGCCUUUGCAUUCUCACUCAUAACAUUAUGGUUAUAACAUGUUUAUAUGCUUAUUGUUAAAAAUUUUGCACAGUAAUAUUAAAAUAAAUGUGGCAAACCCGGA